UCACAGUGAUUUCUACCGAGGAGAAAGCAUUUUUUGCCACAGUGUCCUUCAAGCCUGAUCCCAAGCACCCUUUUGUUUGAUCUAUGUGGAAGAAGGUUUCGCAUAGGAAAACUUCAUGGAAAGAAAGUCAUCUAUGUCAGAUGUGGUGUUGGAACGCUGCUGCAACACAACAAAUGCUGGACCUAUUUGACGUGAAGGGAAUCAUCCAUUUCGGGAUUGCUGGCAAUGCAAAUAACUCUAUGUCCAUUGGAGAUGUUAGCAUUCCCAGCCAAGUUGCACAUACUGGCAUUUGGGAUUGGGUGAACCCGCAUGGGACAGUGGACGAGGAUGAUGUUGCUCAACUGGACAUUGGAAGCUUCAAUGUUCCAAAAGCAAAUGGAACUAAUCUCUUAGGGCAUAUCGGAUAUCGUAAAGAGCAAUAUUUUUCAGAGUCAGGAACCCCUAAUACUGCUCAGUCUGUUGUUUGGACAAAAAUAACUCCACACUGGCUUCAGCUUGCUUCCAACUUUGGGGAUUUGAAACUAGAGCAGUGUGUAAAUUCAAGCUUGUGCUUACCACAAAAGCCCAAGUUAGUUGUUGGUCUAAGGGCCUCGACAGCAAACAUUUUUCUGGACAAUGCAGCAUACAGGGACUUUCUUUUUCAAACAUUUCAUAUUUCGUCAGUGGAUAUGGAGAGUGCAGCUGUAGUAAUGACAAGCUUGUCAAAUGGCUUCCCUGUGAUUGUGAUUCGAGGGCUAUCCGAUUUAGCUGGAGGACAACAAGGAAAGAAUGCAAUUGGAAUAUUUGGGUAUCUUGCAGCAGUAAAUACAGCCAAAGCUGUUUUGGAAUUCAUUGGCAAGCUACCAGGAUAUGCUCACUGAUACUUGUUGGACUGUUAGUUCCUCUCUAAUCAGCCUCAAGGCUGCAAAAAAUAAAAGUAUAUUAUGUAAAAUCUACAAUUUUUUGACCGCUAAUCAUUUGCAAUAUAGACAAGUGAUAAUCAUAAAAAAAAAGGCUGCAAUCAGUAGAAAACAUUGUCAUUUAAGACUAAACUUUUUUAUUUGAGUCGAUUAAAUGAACCCUCUGACUAUUAUUUUUUGUCAAACGAAAUAAAAAAAAUGAAAGAAUAUUUUCAAAAUUCAAUUUAAUAAGAGAA